AUGGCGUUUCCUCGGACGUCCUCCAUCGUGCUGUGGUUCUCACUCAUCCUCUUUGUUUAUUGGACGACCUCGGCUGCUGAGUCACAUGACCCUUCACCUGCUGACCUCUCAGCCCUUCGCAGGCUCAAAAGAGAGCUGGAUUCAACCACCAAAGAACGGGUCCAGAGUGGGUUCCAGGUGGGCGUAGAUUUCCUGACCACGGUCACAGACUUGACGAACCAAAUCCAACCUAAGCAGCUGGAAUCGGUGUUCAAGGCCCUGGCCAACUUUGCCAGUUUGGCGCCUGGUAUCGGAAGUCUGGUCAUCUCAUUUGUCAACGUGAUUUUGGCCUUCGUCCCUCAGGAGGACGAGCUGAAGAAUGGCUUCAACGAGGUCAACCGGAGGCUGGACUUGCUAGCCUUCCAGAUAUCCGACCUAUCCACAGACGUGGAGUGGUUCAACUUCGCCAGCGUCUACUCUCGAGAUGAGACUCGUAUCCUGAACGCCUGGAGGAAGUUAGAUGAGUUUCAGCAGAACCUCAAGCUGGUGACGAGUGAAGAGGAGAAGCUGAGGCUGGCCGAGAUCUUCGCCAGCUUCUAUGAGAACUCAGAGACUGAGAGCAGCGUGGCCAACAUCUACCAUUACCUGACAGUCACCGGCACGUCUCUGAGCAAGAACAUCAACAGCCUGUUGAGGGACAAGUUCAAGUGCAGCAUCAGUGAGAUAGGCCGCUUUAACCUGUACCUGAGCAGUCUGCUGUGGAAGGGCAUGGUCCUCAACCAGCUCUACUGGAAACUCAUUGGAUUCAGCUCAUCAGGUCAACAGCACGAACAUAACCGCAUGUUCAAGAACGUCUUCAAAGCUCAGAACGAUGCUUUGCAGUACUGUCUGGACAACUUUGAGCAGUACUUGGUUAAAGAUGUGGAGGUGGUCAGCAAAAGAUUCACCAAAGACCAAAAAGAAGACAUCGCUGCCAACGUCCGAAAGACUCUGGAUGAGAAGUACUUCUGGUACAACUGGACAGUGGUGGUGUACGAGGAGAAGGAUGAGGCCAACUACAAACUGGUCGAUAUGUGGCGUGUACCUGUGGGGGAGCUGGUGGUGGCGGUGGGAUACUUCGUCACGGCAUGGGACAUGGAUGACGCAGACGUUGGGCCUGCCCUUCCGAGAUGCUUUGCUAAUACCCAGUGUUCGAACCUUAAACAGAAGUCCCAGGACUGUAACGUUCAGGUGCUCUCUAGAGAAACCCUCGAAAUCGAAGUUGAAAGCUUUACAGAUUAUGCCAGAGUUUUGCAUUAUUUCUAUCGUGAUGCUCCAGUGGUGUUGCCACCGCCUUCUUUCAACCAGGUGGAGUGCACCCUCAAUGGUUACAGGUACAAGGUGAACGUCUACCUGUCCAGACGGCUGCCGGUUUGUUCCAGACCUGACACCUGUUUGAACGGAGGCGUGUGCAGGCGGCUGAUGGAGUCCAAUGAACACCUAUGUGACUGUCCUGACGGUUACUAUGGAAACAGAUGUGAAAGCAGCACCAGCAGCUUCCAGAACGUUGACAUCGGUUCCCUGGUGCCGGACAUAACCACCCUCAACACCAAACUGGACCGGACAGAGGACAAGCUGGACCGGGUCCUUGACACCCGUCUGAAGCAGAUAGAGGACAAGCUGGACCAGGUCCUGAGGACACGUCCGGCCAACUAACGAAGACCUGAACACACAUCAACAACAUCCACCAUCACCGUCGGAGGUUCCAGGUCCUGACCCACUGGGACGUUUAUGUCACAUGGGAAAGCCUGUGAUAAUAGGAGUUAUUAUGGGAUGGAUGUGUGGUGUGAAUAUG